AUGGUGGGUAAGUACAAGGUCAAACCUACAGUGGACAACUCAGUGCAGACCCGCGAUGUCACCCUGGCCGACUUCUGGCUCAGAGUAUACACACCCCCCGGAGACACCUCAAACAAGCCGGUCGGCGUCUACUUCCACGGCGGGGGAUGGGCUAUGGGGGCCGUGGACGAGGAAGAUGCCUUCUGCCGGCUGAUCAGCAAGCAUCAGCAGAUGACGCUGGUCAGCGUGGAAUAUCGCCUGGCGCCGGAGUAUAAGUAUCCCGUUCCUCUGGAUGACUGCGUCGAGGCAGUGAAAUGGGCACUCGAAAACCUGCAUCCCCCGUCCGUGGUCCUGAUCGGAGCAUCUGCCGGCGGGAAUCUGGCCUUCGGUGCCGCGCUCAAACUGAUUGACCAGGGGCUCGGUGGUAAAGUCAGUGGGGUGGUCGCCCUUGUCCCCGUCACCGUCCAUCCAGACGCCGUUCCUGAGGACCUCAAGCCGCGCUAUACAUCAUACGAGACGAACGCCGACGCAAGUGUGAACACCGCAUCUGCCAUGAAGACAUACUUUGAGACGUACGGCGCACCCCCUGACGACAUCUACACAUCGUGCUUGCUCCAUCCGAAGAUCAACCAGUUGAAGAGAGUGUACAUUGCCGAGUGUGGCGCGGAUACGCUACGGGAUGAUGCAGUGUUGAUGAAGGAGGCUCUGGAGAAGGCCGGGGUUUCUGUUUCGUACGAUGCUUAUCCGGGCUUUCCGCAUUAUUCCUGGACGUUUCCUUCUACGCACCUUGAUAAGCAUCGGGAGGAGUUUCUGGCGAAGGCGUUGGGUGGAGUGGAAUGGGUGGCGGGGUUGGAUAGCUGA